GUCCCAGGGCAACAGAGGAGCAACACCACUGCCCCAACCAUGCCAAUCAACUCAUUGUCAUGCCAUGGAUAAGACUUACUCUUUGAUAUGUUCUAGAAUGGAUCAACUGGGUAUAUAAAGGGUGUGAGUGAUGCUCCACAGCUGAACAAAGUCUGAUUGUCCAGGGCAGUCCUUCCCACUAUGAGCCAGCCUUCCUGAACUGUCGGGGGGGAAAUAUUGCUGCCCUUUUGUGUGUUAAGUAAGUCAUUAAACCUGACUUAGUCAUUGCAAUUAGUCAAAGAUUAAAUUACAUUAGCUAGCCAGGGGAAAACCAAGAGAGGAAACAUUUUUUUCCUCCUAGUACCACUCUCAGGCCGUUCCGAAGUCAUGGCUGACCACAACAAGGUAUUACCGCGUCCUCUUUUCCGCCGAGAUGUAAACUGGGAUCCUUUCCGUGAGUGGACACAGCCUAGCUGCAUGAUCAUGGAGCAGGACUUUGGCCUCCCUCCUUUCCUGGAUCCAGGCGAUGUGAGCUGGAUAGACUGGGCUAGGAGGAGACUGGCAUCAUCCUCCUGGCCAGGGUACACACGCCAUCCCCUCUUCACCCCCAGCACUGCUCCCCCUGCUGCAGUGGCACCCCAGACUGCAGCCAGACUUCAGAGACAACUGUCUGGAGGAGUGUCAGAGAUCAGGACAGGACAGGACAGCUGGAGGAUCACACUGGAUGUCAAUCACUUUUCACCAGAGGAGAUAUCAAUCAAAACCAAGGGGGGCUUCCUGGAGAUUACAGGUCAACACGAAGAAAGGGAGGACGAACAUGGAUCAGUCUCAAGGUGCUUUACAAGAAAAUACAAGCUGCCCCCUGGUGUGGACUUGCAGCACGUCAGCUCAUCUCUGUCUGGUGAAGGGAUUCUCUUGGUAGAAGCACCCCUCCCAGGCUUAACCACCACCAUCCUCCCCAGUGACAUGGUCAUCCCCAUUCAGAUCAAGCACGAGUGUGAGGGGAAAGAGUGAAUCCAGUGAUCCAUUACAACUAGAUGUAAAGCUUGGGGUAGAGCUUUAAAGCUGAUGUCGGCGUUGACAACUUUUGACAACAUUCUUUUGAAUUAAGCCUUGGUCAUUUAUGAUGACAAACAUAGUGGCUUCUAUUGCUAUUGAAACACCAUCACUUUACUUACUCUCACUCAAACUACACGUGUGGCAUGUUUUUCUAUGUAUUAUGUUAAAUCAUUUCCCGCAAAGACUAGCAAAACCAAGAUAAAGUGAAAAAUCAAGACUGUUGAAAUGUACUUUCUCAUUUGUCAAAUGAUAGAUCAUCUGGGAGUCAACAUGACCAUGCUUAAUAAAGCUGUUCUUAAUAAAGAUGUGCAUAACUGUUAAUAAAACAGUUUUCCAAGGCA